UCACCAAAAACAACAUAAGAAGGAUAACAGCCGGGGUACGAUGCGCUAUAAUUAUGCGAAGCAAAGAAGAAAACAAAAAUGAAGCAAUUAAGAAAUUGAGGCAAGACAUAAGAAAUGCUGGAAGACAUGUUUUAGGUCAUCACGAUAUGUGUUCAACUGAUUUUUGUAAACAUAAAAAAGAUGAUUUACCACCUGUUCUCCAAAAUGAUGAUUUUGAAGAACUCCAAAAUGACUCUGGAGAUGUAAUUAUUUGCCAAAGUGAUUAUUGGAGAGACAGCAUGCAGAACCUUACAAAAGAAGAAACAGAAAGUUUAAGAAAAGGAGGUUGUUUCCCAACAAAAAUUGAUUCCAUCACACAUUCUCUUUUAAAAGAUGUGUAUAUAUUUUUGAAUCGUUUAGCAGAAAAAAGUAACAGAUUAAUCUGUAAUUUCACAAGCAAUUUAGCAGAAGCAUGGAUGAAUGUGCGAUGUAAAUUUGAUGGAGGAAAAAUGUACAAUAAGUGUUUUAAAGGGUCAUUUUAUGCAAGAUGCUAUGGAGCUGCAUUAAGAUCAAUACUUGGGCCAGCUUGGUCACCCAUAGCUUUUCAACAAAUUUUUGAAAAAAGACCCGACAAAAUAUUCAUUAACACAUAUAAAUAUAGAGUCAACAAACGUUUAAAUGCUAUUAAAUCCUCAAAAAAGAAAGAAAACAUCUUAAGAAGAAAAAGAAAGAGGGAAGAAUCCUCAAUUUUGAGAAAGAAAGGAAAAGCUGAUUAUGGAGAAGAGGUGUUAAUAGACACAGAUGAUAUUAGUAAAGAAAAUUUAGAAUUGGAAUGUGAAAAUUAUUUUAAGACAGAGAUUAUGAAUGUGAAAAUAGAUGAAAUAGAAAAAAAAACUCGGGGACAAUCAUCUAAUGAUUUAUGGCAUGAUGAAAGGAAGAAAAGAUUAACCAGCUCAAUAUUUGGAGAUGUAAUGAGUAGAUCACUAAAUAAUAAUUCUUCUAACAUCAUAAAACGGCUGUUAUAUUCCAAAUUUAAAGGAAACAUUUAUACAAUCCGAGGGCAGAACGAGGAAGAAAAUGCAAGGAUUGAGUACAAGAACAUAAAAAAUAAAAGUGUCAACACUGUAAAAACUAUACAGAUUCCUGGACUUGUAGUAGAUAAAGAAAGGCCUUACUUAGCUUCAUCAAGUGAUGGAAUUGUUAUAUGUGAAGAAGGACCAAAUGGGCUAAUAGAGAUAAAAACACUCCUUAACAACAGUAAGAAAUUAAUACAUGAAGCUGCUGAAAGUGAUAAAAACUUCUGCUUGAAAAUGGAAAAUGGAAAAAUAUGUUUAAAAAGAAAUCAUAAAUAUUUCUACCAAAUUCAGGGACAACUUAAUAUUUUAGAUUAUGAUUGGUGUGACUUAGUAGUGAGAAGGAUAAACCCUAAUGAUAUAUUUAUUGAAAGAAUAUUUAAAGACAAAGAUUUAUGGGAAAGAAAAAUGGUUCCAAAAUUAAAAGAUUUUUACUUUUCUCAUAUGCUACCAGAAUUAGCUGUUCCUAGACAUGGAACUGUUUCCGGGAUUAGAAAACCUUCUUUACCAUGGCAUCAAGAAGAUAUUUUGUUGAAGAAAAGGCCUACCAUUAAAGCAGUUCAACCCGACAAAUGUUCAGUUGCAAAUGAACCAUCAACAUCAUCCAGUGAUAUACCUCCAUCUUGUUCCCAGAGUAAAAGCUGUAGGUUGAUUAAUACUGCAUUUAUUCCGGUGAACCUGUCUUCAGUUUCAAGGAUCAGGAAACAGAAAUUUGUUGGAAGGAGAAUAAAUCAUCAGUGGAAGUUAGAUGACGGCUCAUUAAAGUGGUAUACUGGAUCAGUACUUUCAGUAACCAAAGGGAAAGACGGUAACCCACAUGCUGUGUAUCAACUUUUAUAUGAUGGUGAAGAUGAAUCUUAUGAUGUUGAGGAUUUACAAACUGAUUUCCUUGAUGGAUCAUUGAAAUUUAUUGAUAUAUAA